CUUUCCUUCGUCGUUCAGUUAGCCUAUCUCAUUCUACUUGAUCCCUCGCUUGACGCAGUUGGCUAGCUUGAACUACCAGACUCCCUUGUACAAGCUCGAAUACACAAACCAUGACUCUGCCCAGCUCGUCCAACUCUAUCAACAACACCAACAACAGUCAAAAUCUCUCCUCUUCAGCCCAACAACCCAUUGCGCUAUCUCGUUCCCCACGAGGUGAAUCGUCCCCUUCAACCUUUACACCCGUUUGGUCCGUCGAUCCUCCUCCUCCUCGUCCUCCUCCUGAGUCCGCCCCUCCUUUGGGUGCCAGGACGUCUGUGCACAAUCUCCAGGCUCAGCUUGACCAUUUGACGAAAGGGGACGAACCGUUGAGUGAAAAAUGUCAAGUCCAACAGAUGCACAGGGAGACAUGCUGUAAAGAGCUCAAGGGAGAGGAUGAGAGACAUCUGAUAGCCCCAGCCGUCGUCAGGGAUAUUAUCGUUGGAUUGUCCGAUGGCCUCACUGUCCCGUUUGCGUUGACCGCUGGACUAUCGUCCAUCGGGUCAUCGAGAUUGGUCGUGACAGCUGGUCUUGCAGAACUGUGCGCUGGAGCUAUAUCAAUGGGUCUCGGAGGUUUCCUCGCAUCGCAAGCCGAACUAGAUCAUUACAAGUACCUUCAACGACAGACUCACGCCCGGGUCGUCCGUUCAUGCGCGGCUCAAAUGGAGAGGGAAGUCCAUGAACUUCUCGGACCCUACGGUAUCAAAGAGGUGACGAGUCGAUUGAUCGUCGAUCAACUGGCGGGAUUAGAAGGAGGAGGAAGAGAACAUCGUUCACCGAAGAAUUCAAUGGGCAUCGAAGGUGUCUAUACGCCUGCUCCCCCUCUCCCUCUCGCACCAUCCCCUCCUCCUCGACGCAACAUCUCUCGAUUCAACUUUCAAGCCUUGUUUCGGUCAAACGAUACUGCGGAGACAGGAUCCAUAGGACCAAGUGAAGAUAUUGGACUCACGCCGUUCUUGGUCAAGUUUGGCGAAGGAAUGGAGGCCGUCUCAAUCUCCCGAUUAUGGAUCUCCGCCUUGACUAUCGGCAUGUCAUACUUUAUCGGAGGUCUCGUCCCUUUGAUACCUUACAUGGCUCACGCAGAUACGAGGAACGGUCUGAUCAUUUCAGCCAGCGUGACCGGUCUCGUCCUGUUCAUCUUUGGAGCCUUUAAAACGUACUUCACGGGGGCUAAAGGUGGUUUCGGAGGAUACCUGUACGGCGCGACUAGCACACUUAUUGUAGGUGCGAUCGGUGCCGGUGCAGCGUACGGAUUGGUCAGAGCCAUGAACGUAAAGGAGGCGUAAAUGGGAAUCUCAAGGAGAGUGAAGAAAGGAGAAAAAGGAAGCAGAAGCAGCAGAAGCAGAAGCGGAAAAGGUAGACCAGACAUUGAUACAUAGCAUGCGGCUCAUAGUCCGGGUCACGCGUCAUCACAGGUCUACAAGCAUGUACAGCUGUCUCUCCG